AGCUAGACCUGAAUUUCUGGAUGUUUCACUAUUUUUGAAAGAAAUUUAAUUACAUACACAGUGAAUCCUUAUGAGAUAGACAAUGGGUAACAUGUAUUUAUUCUUUAGAAUUGUUUUUUUUUUGAGAGGGAGAGAUUGAAAAAAGAUUAAACAGCAUAAUGGAAAAACAAGGCCAAACCUUGGACACUUCUAUGUUAGUGACCUAUUUCGAUUAAAUAAAGUGUGGAUUCCUGUAACAGUGUUGUUGGAUGUGCUAUUUUUGUAAUUCAUGCAUUAGCUACCCGAUUUUAUUUAAUGCAACUUACGUCACAGUACACAUUUGUUUGCGUGUUCUUUGGGAAUUAAACAUGGGAGGACACUAUGAAACUUGUUGAUUCUAAGAUACUGAUUUCUCCUGGAUCCAAUGCAAAUUCACAUGGAGAGAGGAAAAAGAUAUUUUGAAUGUCAAAUAUCCUGAAUGAUCUGAGAAUACAUUGCUAAAUUUGUCCAGAUAGAGGAAGAACUUUGCCCAUGAUUAAGUAUAUUUUCUACAGUAGACGCAGCAGUUUUACCAAUCACACGAGGAGCUGUUUCAGAAGAAUAGGCAGUCAUGUUGGCUGUUCUGUUGACCAUUUUCAUGUUUAGCCAAGGGCUUUCAAUGGACAAUCGUGGAACAAAUUUCAUCACAGCAUUUCCAGAGAACAUCGCAUAUUAUUUUCAAAACAACUUUAACUUUCUCAAAAUCACUAUCCUCUACCCGAACACUGACGUCAGUGUCAUCUAUGGAGGUAACGGCAACAGCAGUACUAGAAGCUUCAGCACUGCUGGGGUCACUUGGACCUUGAAUGCUUCAAAAGAUGUUGAAGAAUACCGGCUUACAUCAUCCAAUAAAUCCAUUAUAAUCCGCAGUAAUAACAACAUCACAGUCGUUUCCAUGACAGGAUGGCCAGGAAGGCUUCAAUCUCACGUCGUCCAGCCUGAACAAAACCUCAGGACAGUGUAUACUAUCCCCACUCUGAAUUACGCUAACAUAAUGGGAACAUUCGACCUUUCAGUGUCCUCGGAGGUAAGGUACAAUUCGUUUAGGCUGCUCAUCAUCAACGCAGUGAACGCAAUUAAUACAGUCAGCAUUACAAAGGCAGUUACGGGAGGUCAAAACCAGGUAUCUACGCAAACGCUUAAUCCGUACUUCCUUUAUCAGCUGCAGACUAACGGUGAGGUUAUAGAAGUAAGAGGGACAGACAAAAUAGCAGUGAUAUUGACUCAUCCGUGCCUUGAAUCCAAAAGCUGCUCUUGUAACAUGGUGAUGAACCAACUUCGCCCCGCAAUGCCGAACGAAGGGGUUGACCGUUUUCCCAUAACCGUAGGCUCUACUGAAGUCAAGCAGCUCUUCCUGACAACAAGCCAAAGUGUACAAGUCGCUGUAGGUGAUCUACCGUCUGGAGGUGGCACUCAGGUACCAUCUUCCACAGACAUCAAGUCCUUACUGAAUGGUGUCAGUAAUGGACCCCAAUUAAUUACAACAUCUAUGCCAGUUUCCCUCAGAUUAAUCAUCCCUGGAAACAUUUUAGACCUCAUUCCAGUAAGCAUGUUUUCUGGCUGCUUCUUGGUACAUUUUUAUUCCUCAAACACUAGUUUCAUCGUGAUCGCAGAGACAUCUAGCAAAUCCUCUGUGCAGAUGAAUAAUGCACCUUUAGCUGCAACUUCAUGGACUGAAAUAAGUGGCACAAAGUACUCCAUGGCAACUGGUAAUGGAAAUACUCAAACUACAUCAGCCACCAUUUGGCAUCCCAACUCAAAAAUCGCUGUGUACAUGAAAGAAAACUGGCAGUUUGCCAAUAACUACGUAAGCCCAGCUAUAAUUAUUAAUGAAGAACCAGAUCCUAAAGGCUGUAUGGUGACUCCUGGGAAAUUUGUGGUUGGCAACGAGGACAUGAACUGGACGAUGUCCCGUGAGUACUGCAAACACAAUUUUGAUAACUUAGCCUCUAUCUUCGGUAAAAACAACCAGGACAGGAUGGCCGCAAACAUAAUAGUCCCAGAACCCAAUGAAGGCUGGAUCAGUCUGCGCCGGAGCCUGUUUAACACAGAAUGGUACUGGAGUAACAGUGACAACACUACUACCCCACUAAACUUCACUUACUGGGCAGAUCAACAGCCUGAUCUACCCCAGAGAGGUUUAUGUGCUUCAGUGUCUAUGGACCCCGGGAAGAACUUCACGUGGAAGAGUGCACCCUGUUGCUCUAUAAAGAAACCCAUUUGCUAUAAAACCCCUACAUAUCUCAUUCUCAAUCAAACUUCUGUAUCUUAAUGUAAAAAAUACUUUGUGGAGAAUGAAAUGCAAAAUCUAUUCAGUAGUAGUUAAGGAAGUAUGCUUAGUUACUCUGGCUUUCAAUCAUUGGCUUAUAUAUUUAUGAAAAAUAAAAUAGUGCUAUUUAAAUAUAUAUUAAGUUUAUAUAAAAUUUGUGUCGUAGCUUUGCAUAUAUUAUGAUUUUAAUAGAACAAAAACUAUGUUCACUUCUCUAACUAAAUAUUAUGACAUUUAUAUUUAUUUGUGGAAAUUUGGGGACUUUUAGUUUAUAAAAUCACUGUCAAAACUAAACAGAGAUUCUUGGUUUAAAUAAAUAUAUGACAGAGUUGACUGAGUCAAAGACAAACAAACUGAUUAUGUUUUAUCUCUAUUUUAUCUAAAGGUUUUGGUCUUAUUGUAAAAGAUUUGCUUUUGCUUAUUAUUCCAGUAAAAAGCAUAUUUGCUCAUGUACUCUUUGUUAAAAAUAUAAUAA